AGUAACCACCAUCAUUUUCUCCCUCCCAAACCAAAAUCUCAAACUCAAUCAUCAUCACCACCAUCGUAACAGAAGCAUGAGGGAGAUAUUGCACAUCCAGGGUGGCCAAUGCGGCAACCAAAUCGGCUCCAAGUUCUGGGAGGUAAUCUGCGACGAGCACGGCAUCGAUCACACCGGCAAGUUCACCGGCACCGACUCCGACACUGAUUUCCAACUCGAACGCAUCAAUGUCUAUUACAACGAGGCCUCCGCAGGCCGCUACGUUCCUAGAGCCGUCCUCAUGGAUCUCGAACCCGGCACCAUGGAGAGCAUCAGAUCCGGCCCCUACGGCAAGAUCUUCCGCCCUGACAACUUCGUCUUCGGCCAGUCCGGCGCCGGUAAUAACUGGGCUAAAGGUCAUUACACCGAAGGCGCUGAGUUGAUCGAUUCCGUCCUCGACGUUGUUCGCAAAGAGGCCGAGAAUUGUGACUGCUUGCAAGGUUUCCAAGUUUGUCACUCGCUUGGAGGCGGCACGGGUUCUGGCAUGGGAACCCUCCUGAUAUCGAAGAUCAGGGAGGAAUACCCAGACAGAAUGAUGCUCACAUUCUCUGUUUUCCCUUCUCCAAAGGUCUCUGACACGGUUGUGGAGCCGUACAAUGCUACUCUAUCCGUGCACCAACUAGUAGAGAAUGCAGAUGAGUGCAUGGUUCUUGACAAUGAAGCACUUUAUGACAUUUGCUUCAGGACUUUGAAACUCACCACUCCUAGUUUUGGUGAUCUGAACCAUCUGAUUUCUGCAACUAUGAGUGGAGUUACCUGUUGCUUGAGGUUCCCUGGACAACUGAACUCUGACCUCAGGAAACUUGCUGUGAAUCUGAUCCCAUUCCCACGUCUUCACUUCUUCAUGGUGGGUUUUGCUCCUCUCACCUCACGCGGGUCUCAGCAGUACGUCUCCCUCACUGUCCCGGAACUGACACAGCAAAUGUGGGAUGCCAAAAACAUGAUGUGCGCAGCUGAUCCUCGGCAUGGCCGAUACUUGACAGCAUCUGCAAUGUUCAGGGGAAAGAUGAGCACCAAAGAGGUGGAUGAACAGAUGAUCAAUGUGCAGAACAAGAAUUCCUCGUACUUUGUUGAGUGGAUUCCUAACAACGUGAAGUCGAGUGUGUGCGAUAUUCCACCCAAGAAUCUGAAGAUGUCGAGUACUUUUAUUGGUAACUCCACAUCAAUUCAGGAGAUGUUCAGGAGGGUGAGUGAGCAGUUCACUGCAAUGUACCGGCGCAAGGCCUUCUUGCACUGGUACACAGGGGAAGGAAUGGACGAAAUGGAGUUCACUGAAGCAGAGAGCAACAUGAACGAUUUGGUUGCAGAGUACCAGCAAUAUCAGGAUGCAACUGCAGACGAGGAGGAGGAUUAUGAUGAGGGUGAGGAGAAUGCUUAUGAGGAGCAGCAGUAGUUGAACCUGAAUGUACCAGAACCAAAACCUGAACAAACUUUGGUACUACCUAAGUGAUAAUCCACGUCGAAAAUUAGUUACAUUACCAAAUUUGAGACUGCUCAUGCAUCUAUAUGGCUAUCUGUAAUUGUUCAAUUCUCCUUGUUUUUCCAUAAUUUUGGUGAUUUUUAUUUCCUCUUCAGCUUGAAUUGUUUGAAAUGCACCCGCAGACAAAAUGAUGUUUGAUUGUUCUAUACUUAAUGUAAGUGUAUGAAUAAGAAGUCGUCUUAUCUAGAAUUCUA